AUGGAGGAGUGUUGUCGGAAAACGCAGCGGCGGUUUCCGGCGACGGCGUCGAGGAUUUGGGGUUUGGCUCUGCCAUUAAUGGCGGUAUCAGCUCUGGCGGUGCUGGUGGCUUUCCGGCGGUCGAAUUCGCCGUUCGAUUUGAAUUAUUGGGCAUGGCGGUUGGCUUUUCGUAGCUCCGGUAAUUACAAUUCCACGGCGGCGGUGGCGGUGGAGGCUAGUGGAGCGCCGGAGAAUGCAAUUUCCGUCGAUUACAGUCUCCGCCCUCCCAACGCCGCGCCGCCGCCGGAAGUCGGCGCCGUUGAUUCUCCCCUCCCUUUUGUAACGACGGACAACCAGUCAUCAUCAAGGCCAAGAACCAGACAAAAAUUCAAAAAUCUCCAUUUCCUGGAGGGCAAACUGCAGCAAGCACGAUCAUCAAUCAGAUCUCCAAAACCGCCAUUAAAGCAGGACCUCGACUACGUUCCAACAGGCCCGGCCUACUGGAACGCCCCAGCUUUCCACAGGAGCUAUUUGGAGAUGGAGAAGCAGAUGAAGGUGUACGUGUACUCGGAAGGGGAGCAGCCCAUCUUCCACAACGGGCCCUGCGGCAGCAUCUACUCCAUGGAAGGGAACUUCAUAUACAAGAUCGAGAAUUCUGGGUUUCGGACAAAGGACCCCAACAAGGCCCACGUCUUCUUCCUCCCGUUCAGCGUGGCGUCGAUUGUCCGAUUCGUCUACGACAGAAGUGUCGAAUACUAUUGGGAGCCCAUGAAAGGUGUCGUCGAGGAUUACAUCCAUCUUAUUGCUGCUAAAUACCCUUUCUGGAAUCGCAGCCUCGGCUUCGAUCACGCCAUGCUUUCUUGCCACGAUUGGGGGCCAGAGCUUUCGAAAUCAGUCCCGGAACUAUUCAACAAUUCGAUUCGAGCAUUAUGCAAUGCGAAUACAUCGGAAGGAUUCGAUCCGUCCAAGGAUGUCUCGAUCCCGGAGAUCAACUUAAUUGGUCGAAGAACCAAAGGAUUGAUUGGCGGGUUGUCACCUUCGAAACGAUCGAUCCUCGCCUUCUUCGCCGGUGGGGUCCACGGCCCGAUAAGGCCGAUCCUUCUAGAACAUUGGGAGAAUCGAGACCCCGAUAUCCAAGUCCACCGGUAUCUUCCGAAGAACGUCUCGUAUAACGCCAUGAUGAGGAGUAGUCGGUACUGCAUCUGCCCGAGCGGAUACGAAGUUGCCAGCCCGAGAAUGGUCGAGGCACUCUACGCCGGGUGUGUGCCCGUGCUCAUAAAGGACCACUACGUCCCGCCGUUUAGCGAUGUCCUCAAUUGGAGGGCGUUUUCCGUCGUGGUUCCGGUUGAGGACAUUCCGAACCUUAAGGACAUUUUGACGAGGAUCUCGAACCGACAAUACAUAAGAAUGCAAAGACGAGGGGCCGGUGUGAGAAGGCAUUUCGAGGUCAAUUUGCCUUCGAAAAGGUACGAUGUUCUCCACAUGACUCUUCAUUCGAUUUGGUUGAGAAGGUUGAAUGUUGAUCUCCGUAAUGUUGUCGAGGAUUCAUGAUCUUGCUAAUUAUAUAUCGAUUUUAUUAAAUUAAUGUAGUUAAAUUGUAUGAGGUAUAAUAUUCUUUACGAGGAUAAUAAGAUUUUUGUUUGAUCGGAA